UUUCAAUCUCUCUUUGAAACCUUCCCCAGUCGGCGAAGGCAAAAAAAAAAUGGUGAAGAAAGAAAAGAAGGUCAAUAUUUCCGGUAAGCCGAAGCACUCACUCGACACGAAUCGGAGCAAUGGAGCCGCCAGUAGCAGCACCAACGCGCGUAGCGCCGCAACCGUGCGGCGGCUCAAAAUGUACAAGAAGAAACCCAUUCGUGACAGUAAGGGUAAAAUCUUGAAGCAUGAGUUGCAAUCUAAAGAAUUGCCUGAUACUCGUAUUGUACCUGACCGUCGUUGGUUCGGGAAUACAAGGGUUGUGAAGCAGAAAGAACUUGAGUUUUUUCGUGAUGAGCUUCAAAAUCGGAUGUCAAGCAGCUAUAAUGUUAUUCUGAAGGAGAGAAAGCUUCCUUUAUCCCUUUUAAGUGACCAUCAGAAGCAAGCAAGAGUGCAUCUUCUUGAUACGGAGCCAUUUGGGGAUGCAUUUGGACCUACACGGAAGAGGAAACGCCCAAAGCUCUUGGCAGCUAAUUACGAGUCGUUACUUAAGAAAGCUGACGGUUCUCAGGAUGCUUUCGAGAUGAAGCAUGGCAGUGAUACUUUUGCAGAAGGAAAUGAAGAUGGGUUUAGGGACCUGGUUCGGCAUACAAUGUUUGAAAAGGGUCAAAGCAAGCGUAUAUGGGGUGAACUUUACAAAGUUAUUGACUCAUCAGACGUUGUUGUUCAGGUUAUAGAUGCCAGGGAUCCCCAAGGGACUAGAUGCUAUCAUUUAGAACGGCAUUUAAGAGAGCAUUGCAAGCACAAACACAUGAUUCUUCUGUUAAACAAGUGUGAUCUUAUUCCAGCUUGGGCUACAAAAGGCUGGUUAAGGGUAUUAUCCAAGGAAUAUCCAACUCUAGCAUUUCAUGCCAGCAUAAACAAGUCUUUUGGCAAGGGUUCUCUUCUAUCUGUAUUGAGACAAUAUGCCCGUUUGAAAAGUGACAAGCAAGCAAUAUCUGUCGGAUUCAUUGGUUAUCCCAAUGUUGGAAAGUCGUCAGUUAUCAACACUCUGCGCACUAAGAAUGUCUGUAGGGUUGCGCCUAUCCCAGGGGAGACUAAGGUCUGGCAAUACAUAACAUUGACAAAAAGAAUCUUCUUGAUUGACUGCCCUGGAGUUGUUUAUCAGAAUAAAGACACUGAAACAGAUAUUGUAUUGAAAGGAGUGGUACGUGUCACUAACUUGCAUGAUGCUUCUGAGCACAUAGGGGAAGUCUUGAAACGUGUCAAGAAGGAGCACCUUCAAAGAGCAUAUAAAAUAAAAGAGUGGGAAGAUGACAAUGAUUUUCUGGUUCAGCUAUGCAAAUCAACAGGCAAGCUUUUGAAGGGUGGCGAACCUGACUAUAUGACAGCAGCAAAGAUGGUGCUUCAUGACUGGCAGCGUGGUAAGAUACCUUUCUUUGUUCCUCCACCCCGGCUAGAGAAGACCGUAGAGGAACCUAAUACAUCUGCUACGGGCGAGGAGGAGGAGGUUGCAGAGGGUAAUGAUAAAGCAUCUGUGGCUUUUAAAGCUAUUGCAAAUGUCAUUUCAUCUCAACAACUUCGGAGUGUACCUGUCCAAAGGGAUCUUUUUACUGAGACCGAGUUGAAGGGUGAUGAAGAUGACCAGCUUAUAACUACCGAGAAUGAGAUGCCCGAGUCUCCUGGGAUGGAGGAUGAUGAGGUUGCUGAUGAGCUUCCAACUGAAGAGCAGAAUACAGAGACGGGCACUCAAGCUUCUCUUGAAGCUGCGGAAUCAUAAUGGCGAUCUAUCUAUUGGUUCGUUGAGUUAUUUUUGAGAUAUUAGCUAGGGAUUGUAGUUCUUUCUCUAAAAGUAAAUUGCUGUUUGUCUUGUUUUAUCUGUUAUUGUUUUUAACUGACCUUGAUUUGAUUUGAGUUAAAAUAUAGCAUGUCCUUCCUCAGUAA